AUGGAGCGCAGCAUGUUAGGUGUAAGACUAGCUGACCGAAUAAAAAAUAGCACGCUGCGCUCCAAAACAGGUAUUAAAGACGUCGGCAUGAAAGCUGCAAAAUUAAAGUGGGACUGGGCGGGUCAUACCAGCCGCAUGCAUCCUGACCGUUGGGCAAAGAUUACCACAGAGAACCAGUACCAGUGGACGGACGACGCCGCCGUGGACGGCCUCCAAAAAGAUGGCGAGAUGAACUGGCUGUCUACAAGCCAGGCUGGCCUGCCGCGGUGGCGGGCACGGCGGGUCGCGGUGGCGGGGCCUUCGCUCCCUGCCCCCGGGCCACCGGGCCAAUGGCGGCGCGCCGCGGCCUGCCCCGACCCGGGCUCAGUCGCGACUCAGCCGCGACCCUUGACACGCGCGCCGCUUUCCCCCGCGAGCGCCACCGCCACCAUCACGCACGGAGCGCUAGUGUACGGCGGCGUCGCGGGCCCCGGGCUCUGCCCGCCGCGAGGCCCCGACCUGCCGCCCCUCGAGCUCGGCUUCCGCGGCUCCUGGCGCGAGGACGAGCUGCUGCCGUCCACGCCGGCCAGCCAGGCCGCCUCCACGCAGAGCGGAUCCUCCGUCACCGACAAGGGCCAGAACGUGGAGUGCGUGGUCUGCGGGGACAAGUCCUCCGGGAAGCACUACGGGCAAUUCACGUGCGAGGGCUGCAAAUCGUUUUUCAAGAGAUCCGUGCGACGAAACCUGACGUACUCCUGUAGAGGGAAUAGGAAUUGUCCCAUCGACCAGCACCAUAGAAACCAGUGCCAAUACUGCCGCUUGAGGAAAUGUCUCAAAAUGGGCAUGAGGAGAGAAGCUGUCCAAAGAGGUAGGGUGCCGCCGUCGCAGCCACCGGGCCUGGCGCUACCCGGCCAGUUCGGUCUGGCCAACGGCGACCCUGGCGCCGGCCUGAACACACACCCCUACCUCUCCUCCUACAUUAGCCUGCUCCUCCGAGCGGAACCUUACCCUACGUCGCGAUACGGCCAGUGCGUCCAAUCUACCAACGUGAUGGGCAUCGACAACAUUUGCGAGCUGGCUGCGAGACUACUCUUCUCCGCCGUGGAAUGGGCCCGAAACAUCCCCUUCUUCCCCGAACUCCAAGUGACGGACCAGGUCGCGUUACUCCGGCUAGUCUGGUCGGAGCUGUUCGUCCUCAACGCGUCGCAGUGCUCCAUGCCGCUGCACGUGGCCCCCCUCCUGGCGGCUGCGGGCCUCCACGCCUCACCGAUGGCGGCGGACCGCGUGGUCGCCUUCAUGGACCACAUCCGCAUCUUCCAGGAGCAGGUGGAGAAGCUGAAGGCGCUCCACGUGGACUCCGCGGAGUACUCCUGUCUGAAGGCCAUCGUCCUAUUCACGACAGACGCGUGCGGCCUUUCCGACGUGGCGCACAUAGAGAGUCUCCAGGAGAAGUCCCAGUGUGCUUUAGAAGAGUACUGUCGAACGCAGUACCCCAACCAACCCACCCGGUUCGGCAAGCUGCUCCUCCGGCUACCCUCGCUUCGAACAGUCAGCUCUCAAGUCAUAGAACAGCUGUUCUUCGUCAGGCUAGUGGGCAAAACGCCCAUCGAGACCCUAAUAAGGGAUAUGCUGCUAUCGGGAAGCUCCUUCUCCUGGCCCUAUAUGGCGACCAUGUGACAUACGAUGUGGAGGCAGCUGGCCGCGUGAUCAGCGCCCUACCUCCCCUACCUCAUGUAUCGGGAGGAGGAGGCUGUGACGUCAUCCACGGAGGUCCAGGAGGAGUAUGGAAGGGAGUUUGACCCGUCCGCCUUCUUCCCCAAGACGUGCGACAAGGACCGCGAAUGCGACAAGGACCGCGAAUGUGACAAAUGAACUGUAGUGUUUUUGUUCCUCUGUAAUAUAGUAGUAGAUAAUUUAAUUGUAAAUAAUAAAAGAUUAUUGUAAUAUAUUUUAAUGUGAUAACGAAAGAGGCAUGUUUUCUACGCUCUGACUUUCUGACAAUAUUCUUCUUGUUGUUUUGGAUGUGUGAUAUCGCUUUUUGUAUCGUUAAGGGCCGAGGUACGUUACCUAAACAGCCCUUUACCCUGCCAUAUAAAUUACAGUUGCCCUAAACUUCGCCGCCCUAUCUCAGGCCCUUCGCAGAUAACGUUUACUGUAAAUUAAACACCGAAUCUAUACCGAAAUACCACAAAGCAUAUAAAAUGGUUUGUAAACAACUUAUCUAGGUACUUAUAUUAAAAGAAAAGUUAGGAAAAUGGGCAAUGCUUUGUUCUUUCUUAAAUACUUACUUAAAUAUCCCUCUCAGAGACGAAUAUUAAUUAAUUAACUGUAAUGAAGCAAAUAAAGAUUUUG